CCAAUCGGAUAGGAGACCAAGGGAAUAGAUCGAAAGGUCGCGAGUGAUUCGAGCAAUUGGGAUUCGUCGUUAACGAUUGUUUUCCAUGCGUGGAACCAGUGGCGAUUGAAAAAAGGAUACGGUGUCCGGAUUCCGCCAAAAAUGAAUUCCGUCGUGGCGGAGCACACGAGGUUCGACGAACAUUGUCUCGAAAAUUCCAAAGAAUCCUCGCCUCCCGAAAGGGUGAUGCAGGUGCAUAUUUCGCGCCCACAGGUUUCUACGCAAUCUGUGCACUUCUGCGUGACAAAACAUACUAGUCUUAAGGAAGACUUAGAAAUUACUAUGUCCAAAGGAUCACCUCCUUCACCCUGGUGGAACAGCAAACAACUACGCUUAGAUGACAGCUGUAAUAACAACUUAAACGACAGUUUGAACAGUACCACCAAACAUAGCGCAAAAUGGUCGUGUUCUGGUGAUACAAGCCUUGUAGAACCUGAAAUCUUAGAAGAAAUGGGUGUCAGUAUGUUAGAAGAUGGAGCAUCGAAUUGUGAAAGUACAAGAAAGUCUCAUUCUUUGGAACAAACAAUCUCGCCUACUAUCUUGGAUAACAAUGGACAAUGUAAAAAUAUGAAUGACUCUCAAAGUCAAGAGUGCAUUUAUAGAGGUUCCAGCUUGGAUACCACUAGUAUAGACAGUUUGGAAGCUACUCGAAGAUUGGAUCCCAAUCCGUACGAACUGGAUGAAUUUGCAACAUAUUCAACGAUCGAAAACGAAUCUGGUUAUUCCUCUAGGGUGGAAAUAGAUAAUUUUAUCGAUACGAAGGAAACUUUUUCUAAAGAUAAUCUUAAUGUUUCUACCAGAGAAAGUAGUCUUGAACAGUUCUAUCUAUAUAGGAGAAAAAGAAAACCUUCGAUCCUCGGUGAAGAUAAGUUUAACAAAUUAUCCGAUGAGAUGAUUUUAAUGAUAUUAAAAUGGCUUCCAAAGAAAUGUCUGGUACGUUCCAUGUUGGUUUGUAAACGAUGGUGUCAAAUAGCGCGAGAUGAAGCAUUAUGGAGCAGGUUGGAUUUAGGCAGUAAAGUCUUGAACGAAGGUACAUUGGGUCAUAUAUUGCCACGAGGUGUUCAAAUACUUCGACUGGCACAAGCAGAAAUUGCAGAUCCUGUAUUUCUUGAAAACAGUGAAGUUUUUACCGACGGUUAUAUUAGUAAACUACAGUACUUUGACCUUUCGAUGGCAGUGAUUUCUCCAGAUGGAUUGGCUAUGUUAUUAUCUAAGUGUAAAUACCUUAAAAAAUUAUCUCUAGAAAAGUGUACAGUGAAUAGAUCAUGUUGCAAAGCUAUCAGUGAUAAUAAUGACUUAGAAAUUUUAAAUUUAACGAUGUGCGAGGGUAUGGAUAUUGAAUGUAUCAAGGAUUUGAUGAAGCUUACAAAUCUCAAUGCUGUCAAUAUGGCUUGGUGUGGUUUAGAUACCGAUACUAUGACAUUACUUUGUAAAUCGUUACCUUCAUCCGUUACACGUUUAAAUAUAGCUGGAUGCAGAAAAACCAUUACAGAUGAUAAUGUUAAGGAUUUAGUGAAAAGUUGCCCAGAUAUGGUAGAAUUAGAUUUGAGCGAUUGUACUAUGCUUACAAUGAAUACUGUCCGUAAUUUACUUGAUUUGUCAAAAUUAGAGCAUCUGUCGCUAAGUCGUUGUUAUGGUAUACCUCCGUCGACGUACGUAACAUUGGCGUAUAUGCCAUCUUUGUUAUAUUUGGAUGUUUUUGGUGUAAUACCCGAACCAGUACUGAAAUCAUUACAAGUUACCUGUGGCGAAACCCAACUUAAUAAGUUCCUAUACAGUUCCGUUGCAAGACCAACCAUUGGUGUCCGAAGAACAAGUAUUUGGGGGCUUCGCGUUAGGGAUUGAACGUAAUUAUUCUAACUAAUUGAUUUAGUACACAAAUAGUGGUAAAGACCAACUAAAUACCAAAGGGAACCUGAAACCUGUACGUGCGUGCCUUUUUACAAAAUGUCUUCUUAAUAAGAGACUGAUUUUACAAUCCUAUUGAAAUAAAAUUAAAACAAUAUGCUUUUUCUAUAUCA